GCAUCUGAAGCCGCCACCGCGACAGAACCACCCGACGAUCACAAGUGCAGCACAUCGAUUUAUUUUAAUACCUACCCCCGUCCUUACUUGCUCCACCUCUUAGUGUGUCUUAUAUUCCUCGAAGUCAAGUCGCCUUGUCGUCGAGAAUGUCGUCGGAAAAUAUUCUUCGCGAUACUGUAGAGCCGAACGAGGCUGCUGCCUUUGCCGACGUCUUCACAAUUCAACAAAGCACGACAUCUAGUGCUGCUGAUAUGGUCGCGAUGAAACUGCACGAUGUACCGAAUCGUCUUGUCAUCGCACCCGACGAACCAUCGGGCAUGGAUUGCUUUGCUGACGAUCGAGAUGCGUUAAAUGAUUUUGCCAAAUACUACAACAAUGCUCAUCUUAGCGAUGUCAAUAUCAUUGUAGGAGAUGAUACUUUCGCUGCCCAUCGUCUGAUUUUGGCGAAAAAUAGCGAAGUAUUUGAUCGAAUGCUCAGUCAAAGAUGGAAUGGCGAAAAGAAGGAUCUCGAAAUGGUGGAGGAUGCCCCAUGUCAGAAAGUGUUCCCAGCGUUUCUUCGGUUUCUCUACUGUAAUCAUGUAGUGCUACAUCAAGAUAAUUGUCUACCAAUAUUGAUACUUGCUGACAAAUACAAUGUGAUUAGCUUGAAGAAGGUAUGCAUCGAUUUUGCCAUAUCUGAAAUCCUUCCAAAUUUGACGUUGAAGGAUGUGUUCAGCAUAUGGUUUUCGUACGCUACAAAAGCGUAUCAUCAGUUGCUCAUUCGCGCUUGCAUUCAAGCAAUCGCUAGAGAUUUUGAAUUGCUAAUCACUGAAGAGUGGGAGAAGAGUUGGUUGGCACUGGAUAGGGAUCAAAUGGUUGAGAUACUCAAGUGUAAUCAGCUUGUCGUUGCAAAUGAAUAUCGCCUUUGGGAAGCGGUUGUACGAUGGCUACAGGCACCAAAUCAUCCUGAACGUCGAGGUACUACAGCCAGCCCGCUUCUCUCGUCAUUACUGCCUUUUAUACGCUUUCCAUUUAUGACUGCCGAUGAACUGACUCAUGUGGAACGUUCUCAGUUUGCCGAAAGCUACCCGAAACUCUUUCAUCCACAGAUACUCCUAGCGUAUAAGUUCCAAGCACUACCACUUUCUAGCCGAGUCAAUUGCAAGGAAUUCUCAACAACACAGUUCUUGCUUCGAAAUUAUACGGACACUCGAUGGGAUAAACGAAUUUCGAUCUCAAACGAGCAGCUUUAUCAAAGGGGAGUAGAUCAUUCGUUCCAGAUACGUACUCGCUCUUGCACAUUCCCAUUACAAACUUGGCAGUGGACUUUAAAACUUGGAGGGUCUUCAUAUUCUAAUGCUGUAGACGAUGUUCUGAAAGCGUACCUUAUCUCUGAGGAUAUCGACCAACCAAGGUCCAUUGAGUACAUGCUGUCAAUAGUGGAUGAGAAGCGAGUGUUAAGGUCUUGGUCGAGCAAGAAGAACUUCACAAAAACGAGGUACUCAAGUGAACUUGACAUCGACCGAAAAGUGGAGAUAAACGAUUUGCUCACGGAAGACUCUCCCCUUUUGGUGAACGGCGAACUUCAUCUACAACUCACAUUACGGCCGAUAGACUAACUCUCAAUAUCCGAAAUGGCUUUCAUAGUUCGAUUGUUGAUCUACUCACAAUGCGCACCUCAACUUUCGUUAAUUUAUUUCGACAGAGUUGUCAUCGGUCAUUCCAGAUACAACCCAGAAAACGCAUCCAAUGAUUAUUUUUGCUGUCGACAUUAGUCGGUUUGUGACAUUGUAGUCGAUGACUCUAUAUAAUAAGCCAAUUAUGCAGGUCAUAGCGUCGAGUGAAAAAAAUGUGCCCAUCCCCUUUCAGUUUUCAUUGUAUAUCCGCUUGUGUUCUUGGAUGCUUCCAUGUCAGAACAGCGAUUCUGAUUCUUCUUUAUGACAUGUGCUAUGUACAUGCAUAUAAAAUAUUGC